AUGGCUCAAAAACUAUGGAUUAGAACAAGGCUUCGCAAUUACAAUUACUCACAGCGAAAAGGAUAAAAAGGAUGGACUGCCCCAGCGGCGUAUUUACACAUGUACAAGAGGCCGAAAAUAUACGCCAAGAAAGGAAGCACACACGAAAGAGAGCCGUAAUGCAGAACAUAAUACUGGUAACUGCCAAUUUCGUGUUAAUACCUACUGCCAGAAGAACGACAAUCUGGUUUAUAUCACAAAAGUUGAAAACCAGCAUAAUCACAAACUUGUUGAAACCAUCGCCGCUCUCGCGUCCAGUUAUCAAAAGUUCACUCCAGAAAUGCAAGAGGAUAUUAGAUUACUUGCAACAUGUGGUGUGCGCUCCGGUGCAAUUAUUGAAGUGCUGCGACAUAAAAAUCUGGGAAAUGAUGCUGGCUCAAUAUACCUUAAUCUAAUAAAACAACAGCAGGAAAAUCCAUCGUUCUACGUCGAUGCACAGUUUGAAGGCCAAGAAAAUCGUCUUGUAUGGCUUUGCUGGAUGCGCCCGAGUCAACAAGAAUUGUGGACACGUUUUCACGAUAUUGUCCUUCUCGACACAACCACAAAAACCAACCGUCAUUCAAUGAUCUUGUGUGUUGUGAUUAUAGUGGAUAAUCACGAUCGUUCCCGCCUUGCAGCAACAGCCAUUUUGUCAGAUGAAACUAAAGAUAGUUUUGCAUGGUUGUUCCAAAGCCUUCUUGAUGCAACAGGUGGAUUAAUGCCACGCCUUCUUUAUACGGACACCGAUCCCGCGAUGAUUGCUUCG